AUGGAUAGGUUAAAUGCAGAAAUUUUUAAUAACAUUUUGGAAUCUGAGUCUGAUUUUUCAUCUGAUGAAGAGGAUUAUGAACAGAUUGUUCUUGAACCACCGCAUAUUUUAUUUGAUGAAAAUAAUGAUGUGGACGUUGGACAAGUAUUACAACCAUUACAAGUUGUUCAAAGAGUGCAUCGUGUAAAAAUUCUCAAUUAUAUUGAUAAUGUUGUUAGUGCAUACGUUGAGAAUGAUUUUAUAAUGCACUUUCGACUAUCCCGGCAAGUGACCAAUGAACUGAUCGGUCAUUUUACAACAUCUGCAACUUUUUUGGCAUUACAAGCUCAUGCCGGAUACGAGCCUAUUUCUGCAGAAAAACAUAUUAUAAGUUUUCUUUGGUACGUUGGACAUGAAAGUGCUGGCUAUCGAGAUGUGGCGGAUAGAUUUGGCAUCACCAUAAGUGCAUUGCAUAAUGUUAUAUCUCGGGUCACAAAUUUUUUAAUGUCUAUCGCACCAAAUGUUAUCAGAUUCCCUACAUUACAAGAAAGAGAGCUUACCAAACAAUUUUACCUUCAGCAAAAGAGAUUUCCUGGAAUAAUAGGUGCCAUAGAUGGAUCACACAUUAGAAUCGAUAAACCGUUGGAAGAUAAAGAUUCAUAUAUCAAUAGAAAACAGUUUUUUUCUAUCCAAUUACAAGGUAUUGUUAACCACGAACAAAAGUUUCUCAAUGUAUUUAUCGGUUAUCCUGGAUCGGUUCAUGAUGCCAGAGUUUUCAGGGAAUCGCCUGUAUACAAUAACCUGGAUAUACUUUGUGAAGACGAUGGAUACUUACUUGGAGACAGUGCGUAUCCUUGUUUACAACGAUUGAUUGUGCCAUAUAGAGAUAAUGGACAUUUAACACGGGCUCAAAUUAAUUUUAAUCAAAGAUUAAGUUCAUGUCGAGUUGUCAUCGAAAAUGUGUAA